AUGGCGUCGAGAAAAGGCCGGCUACCAGGGGGGAUGAACCGCCGAAAAUCCUCUACACUCCAUUACCAAACCUUUCCGACCCCUCCUCCCAAGUCGCGCGGACGCCCUCCGGCAUCCUCAUCAACCUCCUCACGUCAUGAUGGCUUUUCGAACCCUUCGCUCGGCGGAGACCCAGAACACGAUAACCAGAGUUCUCCUCUGCCGAAGAAGCAGCUUGCGGUACUGGCCGUAAUAGCUCUCGCAGAGCAAACGGCGCUCAAUUCGAUAUCGCCUUACCUCCCCGAAAUGACCUCAACCUUUCCUGAAGUCGAUGCGUCGAAGAUUGGGUUAUAUGUGGGCACCAUAGCGUCUUCGUUUGCAUUGGCUCAAUUUGCCACCAAUUUCUUCUGGGGCUGGCUGUCCGAUCGAAUUGGCAGAAAGCCCGUGGUUAUGCUCGGGACGGUAUUUACAGCCGCAUGCUUUGUCGCAUUUGGAUUCUGCAGGACGUUAUGGCAGGCGGUAUUGGUACAGGCUCUUAUGGGUCUGGGCAAUGGAAACCAAGGUGUAGUGAGCACAUGUUUAGGGGAGAUCACGGACCGAAGUAACCAAAGCAAAGCUUUCGUCUAUCUUCCGGUUAUUUAUGGCAUUGGAGGGAUCACUGGGCCUGCAAUAGGUGGAUUGUUGGUGACGCAGACACAUCCCUUCAACAGUGGGAAGAAAAAUCCAUUUCCUUACUUGUUACCAAAUCUCUUCUCGGCAGCAAUUUUGCUGAUAGACUUGGUUGUUACAGCUUUUUUCUUAGAAGAAAGUCUAGAAGAGGCAAAAGAUUUGCCUCCGCUGAAGCAACGAAUGUCACAUCUGUUCGUCUGGCUUUGGCAGUUCGCAGCAGGCGCACAGCCCACGUACAUUCGCCGCCAUUUCCACCGCGAUUCACGGCAUAGAGUAGAUGGUACUGAUGGGCAUGACGAUUCGGAUGGAGAUACUGGGAGCGAUACCCAAUCCUUGCUUUCAAUGCCCGACCUGUUUCCUCGCAACGACGGCCAUCUGGCAAAAAAGGAGAUCCUCAAUCGUAAUACCAUACUUCUACUGAGCACCUACCUCGUCUUCCAACUAUCCAAUAUAUCUUUUAAUUCUUUGUUUCCCAUAUUUGCUGCUUCCGACGCGCCGACAGGCCGAGAGCUUACCCCAGAGGAAAUUGGGUUAUCUCUUUCCUUCGCUGGAAUUGUCACGAUCGUCUUCCAGGUGGCGAUCUUCGGCAAGCUAAAGGAGAAAAUGGGAAACAAAGCUACCUAUAGAGCAGGACUGCUCCUCUUCUUUCUUUCAAUGAUGAUGAUGCCAUGGGUUGGAUAUCGCGAUUCGCGCGCUCCCUUUGGGUGGGGAAAGGGAGAGGUAUGGUUGUUCAUUGAGUUGGGGUUCGUUCUGCUGGUGAAAACUGUUGCUGCUGUUGGAGGAUUGACCAGUGCAUUAUUGCUUAUCACAAACUCCGCGCCCAAUCACUCUGUGCUUGGGACCUUGAAUGGUCUCGCGCAGACUCUUUCGGCUGCCGGACGGGCAGCGGGUCCGUUUCUUUCUGGAGGGCUAUUUUCCCUUGCCACGAAUGUUCGCCCGAAAGGGGAGGCGUUGGCAUGGGGUGUAUUUGGUGGGAUUGCUUUCCUGGGGUGGCUGGCAAGCUUCGGAAUCAGAGGUGGUGACUUGGAGAGCGGUGAGUGGGACGAGGACAGCGGAAGCCAAGACGAUGAAGAUGAAGAUGGCGAGGAUGAAGACGAAGAUGCUUAUGAUCAAGAAGCUGGUAUUGGCCGAUGA